AUUGCAUUGAGUAAAGAACAGUGACUUAUAUUUGAUAGGAAUAUUAUUUUUGCAGUUCCUUUAUUCUUCAUCACUCUCAGUCCAGUGGAGCAGUGUGUUUGUUUGGUGAAGGCUCAGGUAUUUCUCACCCAGCUGAGGAGAGGUGGGACCCUGGGAGAUUCUGGUGAGGGUCUGUUCAUCUGUCUCAGCACAGGGGGACCAGCAUCGCAUACAAGGAGGGAGAAUGCUUUGAGGACCACUGCAGCCCCUCAUUGUGUUCUCAUAGACUCCCUGCUUGUGCUGAUUCAAGGGCUUAGAGCUGUGUGUUCGGACAGCGCCUGGAAACCUGAGCAGGAGGCUGCUGGCCAUGGAAGCCUCCAGGGUGAAGGUGUGGGCUGUGUCCCUCAGCUCUGUGCUCCUGCUGUGUGUAUUGCCCUCUCAAGCCCAGCACGAUUAUUCUGGUUUACAGUCAGGAGAAGAACACGUGUAUGAAGGCUCCUUGGUCGAUCGAUAUGAUGAGCAAUCUGGAUACACUCACAGCAUUGAGUAUCCUGCAGAGUCCAAACGCAGCAGUGAAGAUGAGCACUCAGCAUCCGGCUUUGACCCCUAUGCACCUGUGGCCACCGUAGUCACCAUGAUCACUGAGGAAACUUACCCGUACAACACAGCCGGGGAGUCUUUUGAUUACGCCAAAGAGGAUAAAACCUUGAUAACACAGGUCCCUUAUGGAGGGGACGCUGAGCUGGGGCAGGAGGGACCCACCGAAUGCGACUGUGAAGCAGGACAGCCCGGAUUUGGAGGCUUUGCUGGACCCAAGGGCUCUAAGGGUCUUCAAGGCAAACAGGGGUUUCCUGGGGUUCAAGGAAGGGAGGGUUACAAAGGAACCAAAGGAGUGAGAGGAAGAGGAGGAGACACCGGUCCUGAGGGCGAUUCUGGGCCUGAUGGAGAGGAUGGUGCAUCUGGUUUCUCUGGUGCAAUUGGUCUUCCCGGGUUACCAGGGGACCCCGGUGAAACUGGCCAAUCUGGAUUAAAGGGUGAUGUCGGAAACGAAGGUCCGCGUGGAGGAGUGGGUGUCGCUGGAAAGACUGGUCCUGUUGGUGCAAAAGGUAAACCUGGAAAACCCGGCAUUAAAGGUAUUAAGGGUUCCAUUGGCAAAACAGGAAAACAAGGUCCUGAGGGUCGACAGGGACAGAAGGGUCAGACAGGAGCACCUGGAUUCUCAGGAGACCAUGGAGAGCAGGGUUACUUGGGUUAUCCAGGAGUCCCAGGAGACCGUGGGGUGACGGGACCAAAGGGUUCUAAAGGAAAAGGUGGCUUUCCAGGAAGUGAUGGGGAGCCGGGAGAGGAUGGUCCUCUGGGUGUUCCAGGAGUUGUGGGGGUGCCUGGGCCUUUUGGACCUAAGGGUGUGAAAGGUGAUCGUGGUGAGAGGGGGCGAUCUGGAAGAGCAGGAACUGUGGGUCCACAAGGAGACAGUGGGGAUGCAGGAGUUCCGGGAAAACCUGGACCAAAAGGCUUGCCUGGGCCAACAGGUGCCAAAGGAGAAACAGGACCAGAUGGUGAAAAGGGGGCAGUAGGGCGAAAAGGAGGGAAGGGUGUUAAAGGAUAUAAGGGAGACGCUGGAUCUCGUGGUGACAAAGGGCAGCGUGGGGUGAAGGGUCGUUUCGGUCGUGAUGGACUUCCUGGUCCCAUUGGACCUCCAGGUCUUCCAGGUCCCAGAGGUGACAAAGGCCCUAUAGGAGACCAGGGAGUGAAAGGACAGAGUGGGCCAAAAGGACAACCAGGUGAACCUGGUCCAGGACUGACAGAUGAGCAGAUAUUGCAGCUGUGUCAAGGUGUGGUCACCUCUCACAUCUCCCAGUAUGCUUCAUCUAUACGUGCCAAAUGCGUACAGGGCUGUCCAAUCAACAACCGUACGCUCAUCGGACCCCCAGGAGUCACAGGACCCCCUGGAAGUCCAGGCAAACCUGGUAAAGCAGGAAAGGUAGGUGCUAAAGGAGAAAGAGGCCCUCAAGGAAUGAAAGGUGUAGAGGGCCAGAAAGGAGCUACAGGGGACAGAGGUGCUAAAGGUCAGAAAGGACAGAGGGGUGAUCCUGGAAAAGGUCUUCCAGGGCAUGAUGGUCACCAAGGCCUUAGAGGACUGCCAGGCCAUCCAGGAGAACCAAAAGACGGAAUUGAUGGGCCGCGAGGACCCCGUGGUUUUCCCGGGCCUGUGGGUCAGACUGGCAUGGUUGGAGAUGCAGGAAUACCUGGUGUGUGUGAGGCACGAGACUGCAGCAUUCACGCGCCUGUAGUGCGCAAAGAGAUGGGAUUGGUCAAGGGCCCUCUCAGCCAGGCCUGACAACAGGGACAAAUGUGAGUGACCCGCGACAGGAGAUAAUCUCCAGCAGAGACCAUGAAAAUAGUGCUGUCAGAUGGAAGACAUCACAUACAGACAGACUGGAGCCAAGAAAUGGAGAUCAAAUAUCUACAGAUUUGUUUACCAAUUUGAAGUCCAAAAAUGUAACUAUACAAAUGAAAACUACCAGCACUUUUGGUUUCAUUCAUCAACAUUGUUUUAGUUUCAAUAUAAAUACAGUGCAGACAUGUAAAUAAUUUUGUAAAGCAUCUUAAAUAUACAUCUACUGUGUCCUGAAAUAUCAUGUUGUCUUGAUUGAUCAACCUGAAUUAAAGAUUUUUUUUUAACAUGUUAAGGCAUGUUUGAUCGUGUGGCAUGAAUAUCGCGUUACCACAAAAUUGUAUGAUCAUUGUUCAGGCCAUUAUCAUACCUUUUUGAAUAACUGAAAAAUCCAUUAAGAACAAAUAUUAAUAAUCCACCCAAUUUUUUUUUUCUGAAUAAAUUAUGAACGACAAAACGAAUGUUUAUGACAGGUAAAAUAUUUAUUCAUGUUAAUAAACAUGUAAUCAUGUAUAGUGUACAAGAAAAGGAAGAGUUUAAAAAACAAAAGUAGUAAGAGAACAUUUAGCCACAAAUAAAAACAUUACAAUGUAUUUUAAGUAUACAUCAAAACAAUUAGACUUUAUUUUAAAGAAAUAUUGCACAACCACAAUUUCAAAAUGGAAAAAAAAGAUACAAAAAAAUCCACAUUAAAAAUAUUUGCAUAAUUUUGCACAAAUAAUACUUUAAUUUGAAUAGAUUUUUAAUAUGAUUUAUAUUAUAAGUUCAUUGAACAUACAGUCAAAGACCUUACAAUAUUACUAAAACAUCAGAGGUAGACAGAAAAUUAAAAAUCAUAAAUAUAUUAAAAUCUUUGCUUUCUCUUUCCUUAAUCCCACCGUCUAGCUUGUACUAACUUGAAUAAUGCCUGAAACUUGUAUUAGAAGUGCUUCCUUUGUUUAUUUGCUUCUUUUUAAUGAAUCACUUGUAUUCCUCAAUUACAAGUCGUUUUCGAUAAAAGGGUCUGCUAAAUGAAUAAAUGUAAAUGGAAAUUACAUCAAACCCCAUUUUUUCAUUUGUCUCCAUGUACACUUACUAUUUCUAUGCUACCUCAUACUAUUUCUAACCGUACAGUAUAUAAGAUGUACUGUUUGGAGGAUGGGAGACAUCAAACCCUGUGUUUUCAUGUGUCUCCAUGUACUGUACACUUACUAUUCCUAUUCUAUCCGGUACCAUUUCUAA